AGUGGCGUCACAAGAAGAAAGUUCAAAUAACACCACGGGUGAAUCUUCACCGUCCGCGUUGUUUACUAAAUUUGGAGGAUCACUUUUCGGGGCCGCUAGCGGAUCUCCCCAAAAAGUAGUUACUAAUAUACGUGGAUUUCUUUCAAAUCGAUUGCCUGGCACAAUCUCAAUCCCGUCAGUGCCGGAUACAGGUAAGAAUUUCCUUUCUCUCUUAAGAUGGAAAGACCAAAUUCUAUCACUCCCCAAGAAAUGGCUGUCGCAAGCAUCAGAUACAGACGAAUUUGGAUUCCCGGAGAAUCUUCCCAAAGUUCCUGUUCCACCACUCGAACAAACAAUGAUGGAUUACCUGAGAGCAAUUAAGCCCAUUGUAACACCGCAUCAAUACGAGAGGACGGAUAAGAUCGUUAAACAGUUCAUGGCACAUCCUGGACCAAAACUUCAUCAAUUCUUGGUCGAUAAAAAAGAAACGGAAGACAAUUGGGCGUAUAAUUACUGGCUGAAUGACAUGUACAUGGACAUUACAAUACCACUACCGAUUAACUCUAACCCCGGAAUGGUUUUACCACCAAGAAGAUUCACAACUGUUCAUGACGUUGCUCGCUUUUCAGCUCGAAUUAUUGAUGGAAUUUUGGAGCAUAAAGAAAUGUUGGACAGCGGAAAUUUACCUCCAGAAAGGGCAGCAUCACGUGAGAAGAAUCAACCACUUUGCAUGGCACAAUAUUAUCGUCUUCUUGGAUCUUGUCGUCGUGCUGGCAUUGACCGGGACAGCCAAUACUUGCCCGAUCUUCGGAAUCUUCCAACAUCACAACAUAUCGUUGUAUGUUGUCGGAACCAAAUGUAUUGUGUCGUUGUAAAAGCAGAUCAAAUCGGAAGACUUUCAGAAGACGAAAUUUUUUCACAACUUUUAUACAUUUUGAGCGACGCUCCGUGUCUUCCGAAAACGCCACCAAUGAUUGGCUUGUUAACAGCGGAACCGAGGAGAGUUUGGGCAAAAGAUCGUGAAAUGUUGUUGACGGACGAACAAAAUUGUCGCAACAUUGAACUCAUCGAACAGUCUCUCAUUCUUCUUUGUCUGGAUGAAACUUUACCACCAUCGUUCAAUGCUCGUGGUUUUGUUGGUGCAACGCCGAGUUACCAUACAACAAAUGACCGUGAUGAGACAAACAUGGCCCAUGAAAUGAUUCACGGUGGUGGCAGUGAUUGCAAUACAGCGAAUCGUUGGUUCGAUAAGACCAUGCAGAUAAUUGUUUGUAAUGAUGGAACAUGGGGAUUGUGCUACGAACAUUCAUCUUCAGAGGGAAUUGCUGUCGUUCAACUUCUCGAGAAAAUCUUGAAGAAAAUCGAUGAGAUUCCAAGUCCUGAAGAAAGCGGCGUGACGCAACAUCAUUUGGCUCCACCAGAGAGAAUUGAAUGGAUCGUUAAACCUGAAAUUCAGAAGAGAUUGUUAGAAGCGAAACGAGAUGUCAACAGGAGAAUUGAAGACCUUGAUUUUUAUGUUUAUCGAUAUCAAUCAUAUGGAAAAAUUUUUAUUAAGUCAUGCAAGGUCAGCCCUGAUGUUUACAUUCAACUUGCCCUUCAAUUAGCUUAUUACAAACUCUAUGGAUUCUUGGUUAGCACUUACGAGAGUGCUUCAACUCGAAGAUUCUUACUGGGUCGUGUCGAUUGUAUUCGUUCAGCAAGCUCUGAAGCACUUGAAUGGGCGAAAGUAAUGUGUCAGGGUGAAGGUGCAAAUGUCGCACUUGAGAGUGAUAAGGAAGAAGAAGAAGAUGCAAGAAAAGUUACUUUCAGCAUUUAUGGCAAGGAUCAUCUUCAAGAGCUUUUCCGUAUCGCAGCAGCACGUCAAACUGACAUCAUGGUGCAGAACAUUCUUGGUAAUGGAAUUGAUAUCCCGCUUUUAGGUUUACGAGAAGCAAGUCGUGAAGUCGAAGGAGAUUACCAUGAAUUGUUUACAGAUGAAAGCUACAAAAUCGCACAAUGUUUUUUGCUUUCAACCAGUCAGGUUGCUUGUUCAACUAACAGCUUCAUGGGCUAUGGCCCUGUCACACCUCGAGGCUAUGGCUGUUCAUAUAAUCCCCAUCCUGACGAGAUAAUCUUUUGUGUUUCUUCAUUUUUCUCGGCUGACAACACGAGUGCAUCACGGUAUGCCAAAUCUCUUCAGGACUCUUUGGAUAUGAUGCGAGAUUUAUUGAAAAAUUAGAUGGUGUUAAGAUAUUUAUGUAGAACUUGAUAAACAAUGCACAGAAAUUUGCUUGUAACCGAAACUAGUCGUGAAAUGUUAGCUUUAUUGGAAAAUUUACCCUUACACGUUGUGAAUAAUCUGAAUUUUAAUUAUUUUAAUAAUUUUUAUUGGAACUUUGAAGUCAACAUCGAAGACCAACUCAACAUAUUUUAGAGAACAUUUUAUUGACUUUGAAAACUAUGUCAAGUGAUUAUUGUUAAUUGAAAAGCUUAAAAGAAAUUAUAGAAAAUGUUGUAUUUGAUAAUACCAGAAUUUAGACGAAAUCAAUUGUGAGGAAAACUUAGUGAUCAAUUAUCUAAAUCUACCUACAUAAAUACAUUUAAAAUUAGAAAACUUACUUAAGUUGUUUACCUUUAAGGUUGAAUGUAACAUAAAUUUUAUGAUCGUUGACAAAAUAAUCAAAUAUAAAUAUAUAUUUUGGUUGCGUGUAGUAGCAAUAAAAAAGAAAAUUGAUGAAAAUUUAUAACUACCUAGUAGGCAAACUAUAAUUAUUAAUUAUAUAUCGAAAUAUUUUUCUGACAUAUUUUCUUUCUUCAAUAUCAGAUUUGACUUUCUAAAAGUUUUUUAGGAGAAGAAAAGUUUUAUAAAUGUUGAAUCCUAUUUUCAAUGAAUUUUAAAUAGAAACAUAAAAAUUAUUGCCAGCAUUUGAAUUUAUAAUUCCAAAAGAAAUUAUUUUAAAUCGUAGAUAAAUAUGUACGCCCGCUUCAGUGAAUUCUUGCCUGCUGAGAGAUCAUAGAAAUAGUGGAGUAUUAUAAUAGAGGAUGAAAAGUUUAUGUAGAAAGAAGCUGUUGUUAUCUUAAUGAUAUUAAUCAAUUGAACAAAUAUAAAUGGAACCUACUGCAUAUCAAUUAAAAAAAAUUAUCAACGUUUAGUUGACACUUGACUGUCAACAUUUAUUUGCCUAUUUACAAUUUAUUGGUUUUUAGAUGUAGAAAUUAUAUGAAUUUAGGAGUAUGAAUUAGAGAACUUUUAGAAUUAAUGAAAAUUUCUGAUCUGAGUAUUGUACAUCAGAUAUCAGACAGACUCAACCAGGAAAACAAACAUAUCAGCAUACAUAUCAAAUGUUAAACUGAAAACAUAUCAAAUCAAUUUGUAGAUUAUAAGAUGAUUUGACUUAAAUAGAUUUAAUUAUAGAUCCCUAAUAAAUAGUGUUCAUCUCAUAAUUGGUGAAACAGAAGUAGAUAAAUAUAACUUUAUAGAAGCUUAAGCAUAAAAAGUUUUAAACAACAACCAAUCGAAGUCGAUACAUAUCAUAAUACAUACAGUAUUUUAAAUUAAUGGUUAUCAAAAAAAUGUAAUGUAAUGUAGAAAAUUUAAAUAAAAUUGCAUAACCAACAGC